GCUUGUCUCAUUGGUGGGAGAGAUUGUGUACGCAACAGACGGCAGGUUGUUUUGCUCUGAUGAACGCUGCUUGACUAUUUACAAGUUCGUUGCAAAACAACAACAGUAUAAAAAUUACGGAUAUUUGUGUACUACAAUUUGUGCUUUUCUGUGACGAACCUCAUGUGAUCUGUAAUGAAAAACGAUUUUCGUUGUAGCAUUUAUUUCUCGAUUGACAGCUGUACUUUUUAUACCAAUUUUUAAAAUGAUACGUCACAGUCUGCUUUUUUGUACAGUCUUCAUUUCCAUAUUUCAUUUGUUGCAAGGAUUAGAAGAUGGGCCAAAUGUGUGUGCUAAACAAGAAACGUAUCUUACCACUGUCAGAGUAUCAUACAAUAAACCAUAUCAAAUACGUUCAUUUACAUGGUGUUUAGCAUUCCCACCUAGGUGUUCAAGAUAUAGAAUCGCUUAUACAACAGGAUAUAAAACAGAGGCAAAAAUAAACACCAGGACCGUCAAUGCUUGCUGUAAAGGGUUUGUUUUAACGGCUGCCGAAGACAGAUGUGUGCCAUAUUGCACAAAUUCCUGUAUUCAUGGUAUUUGCAUUGGUCCUGAAGAAUGUGAAUGUCAAGCAGGUUUCGGGGGACCUACAUGCAACAUUUCUUGUCCUUCUGGCAAAUAUGGUCCUCAAUGUGAACGAGAUUGUAUUUGUCAAAACAAAGCCCUCUGUGAUCCUGUAACUGGUACAUGUUCAUGUAAACCUGGUUGGCAAGGUUCAGACUGCAGUGAACCCUGCGAUGAAGGCUUUUAUGGCUACCACUGUGAGCAAGAAUGUCGAUGUGAAAAUGGUGCUUCCUGCAAUCCUGUUUCUGGUGCUUGUGAAUGUGCUCCUGGUUAUAGAGGCCCUCUAUGUACAGAACCUUGUCCUGAAGGUACUCAUGGAGAAUCAUGUGCUAACAAAUGCGAUUGUCAGAAUGGUGGCACCUGUGACCAUGUUACAGGAGACUGUUUCUGUCCAUCUGGAUGGACUGGUGCUGUUUGUGCUAAUCCAUGCUCACCUGGCUAUUAUGGCAAAGGCUGUGAGGAAAGGUGUGUGUGCUAUAAUGGAGCAUCUUGUGACCAUUUAACUGGAAAGUGCACUUGUGCAGCUGGAUAUCGAGGUGAGAGGUGUCAAGAUGAGUGCCCUCUUGGUACCUGGGGGCUGAAUUGUUCAAAUAAUUGUAGCUGUGAUAAUGGUGCCAACUGUGAUCCUGUUGAUGGUACAUGUAUGUGCCCUGCUGGAUUUACUGGAGAACGAUGUGAAAGUAGAAUAUGUCCAAAGGAAUACUUUGGUCCAAAAUGUGAUCAAAUAUGCCAGUGUAAACAAGAUAAUACUGAACUCUGUCAUCCAUGGUCAGGACGAUGCAAAUGUUUACCUGGGUGGACAGGAGAUUAUUGCAGUCGUCCUUGUCCUCCACUUACCUAUGGACUGAAUUGUGAACAAAACUGUGAAUGUUACAAUGGUGCUCUUUGUGAUCCAGUAAAUGGGACUUGCAUCUGUGAAUCUGGUUACAUUGGAAAGAACUGUGAAGACAAAUGCCCUGUUGGCAAAUAUGGCAGAAAUUGUGCCAAUAAUUGUACCUGUGAAAAUGGUGCCAGUUGUUCUCAUACAUCAGGAUACUGUUCAUGUACACCAGGUUGGAAUGGCAUUAGCUGUAAUCUCCCUUGUCACCUUGGAAUGUAUGGCGUGCAGUGUCAAAACAAAUGUCAAUGUCAGAAUGGAGCUGCCUGUGAUCCUGUAUCUGGAGAAUGCAGCUGCACAGCUGGAUACACAGGAGAUCAUUGCGAGCAAAAGUGCAAACAUGGUUCAUAUGGGCUAAGCUGCUCUAAAAAAUGUGACUGUGACUGGAAUCAUGCUGACAGCUGUGACCAUGUUACUGGGCAGUGUCAUUGUCAUAAAGGAUGGAAUGGUAUAAGAUGUGACAGUCAAUGUGAUCGUGGUCAAUGGGGACCUGAGUGUGGCAAUAUUUGUGAUUGCAAAAACAACUCAUCCUGUGAUAUUACCACUGGUCUUUGUGUAUGCGAGAGAGGAUGGACUGGCAAGAAUUGUGAUCAGAUUUGUCAACCUGGAUACUUUGGAUACAACUGCUCAGAAACAUGUCCACUUUGCAUUAACAGUAAUGGAACUUGUCACCAUGUCACUGGGCGGUGCCAUUGUAACCCAGGUUUCACUGGUCUAAGCUGCAGUGAAACAUGUCCCUCUGGUCAUUAUGGAGCUCGAUGUGAAUUUGUUUGUAAAUGCAAGAAUUAUGGGCAAUGUAAUCCUGCUACUGGUGAAUGCCAAUGUCCACCUGGUUGGAAAGGGGACGAUUGCAGUAUUCCUUGUCCAAAUGGUACAUUUGGCCUUCUCUGUAAAGAAAAUUGCAGCUGUUUAAAUGGAGGGUAUUGUCGCAGAAAUGAUGGUGUUUGCCGUUGUUCUCCAGGAUGGAUGGGUUCACGUUGCACAGAAGUGUGCCCUGAAGGAUAUUAUGGUGAUCAUUGCAUGCAGCAGUGUCAGUGCAAAAAUGAAAACUACAUAUGCAAUGCCAUAUCUGGCUGCAUUUGUAAAUAUGGUUAUGGAGGAGAAAACUGUGAGAUACGUUUGAUGGGCCAGAGUGUUCAAAAAAUGGAUGAAGACAGUUCAUCUACGAGUGCUGGAGUUGUUGGAGGUGUUACUUUAGCUGUCAUUUUAUUAAUAGUAAUCAUUCUAGUUAUCCUGUAUUACAGAAGACGUCUGAAACGAUUAAAGGAUGAAUUAGCUUAUGUGACGUAUGCAGCUGAUCCAAAUCCAUCCCCAGAUCGUAGACAUUUUGACAAUCCCGUGUAUGCUUACCAAGGUGUUCCACCUCCAACUACUUCUCUAAAUAAUACAGGAACAAAGCAUAUUUAUAAUGAUUUGGGAAUGAAGAGUAACCUAAAUAAGGCAAAAUUUGGAGACGAAGAUUCCGAGACUUAUGCUUGUGCGGAAAAAGGUGCAUGUGGUGGCCUGGGAGAAGAUGUAUGCUUAAAAUCUAAAGUAGAUUUGGAAUAUAAUCCUAACAUUUAUCACAGCAUUGAAGACAUUAAGCCCAAUCUUUCCAAAAAAGAGCCAUUUUAUGAUGAAGUAAAAGACAGGAAUUUUGAUGUUAAGGCAUCUGCGUCCAGUGAUACUGGUCUUUACGAUCACCUGCAGCACAACAGACCCACCAAUGACAUCAAACCACAAUAUCAUAGAAUGGAGGACUCUUUAAAGAAAGGACAACGUGCAAAAGACCUGUAACUCUGUUGUCACUGUGUUCUGUGGACACAAUUCCUUAGAUUUGCAGUGAGCUUAUGCAUGACACCCAAUUUUAAAGUUCCAAAUAUCACUGGAGUGGAGUGGAGUGG